CCGUUCCCAUGUUAUGGUCCUUCGAGUGUCAUGGCGGGUUGCCGAGGGUCUUCUUCGAGAUGGUUCUUCACUCGGGAACAGUUGGAAAAUACUCCCACUCGUCGUUGUGGGAUCGAGGCUGACAAGGAGCUGUCUUACCGUCAGCAGUCUGCUAACUUGAUACAAGACAUGGGUCAAAGACUGAAUGUUUCUCAAUUGACUAUCAACACAGCAAUCGUGUAUAUGCACCGGUUUUAUAUGCAUCAUUCCUUCGUCAAGUUUCCCAGGAAUAUAACAUCAUCAGCUGCAUUAUUUCUAGCAGCAAAAGUUGAGGAACAGCCACGAAAGCUUGAACAUGUCAUUAAGGUGGCUCAUGCUUGUUUGAAUCCUCAAGAACCACUGCUGGACACAAAGAGUGAGGCAUACCUUCAGCAGGCCCAGGAACUGGUCAUACUUGAAACUAUUAUGCUGCAGACACUGGGAUUUGAUAUCACCAUCGAUCAUCCUCACACUGAUGUUGUAAAGUGUACGCAGUUAGUGAGAGUCUGGAUUCAACCUGUGGAUUAUCAGACUUCAGCCUGUCGAGCUCUGCCUUUUCUACCCACAAUCCCCCUAUCCUCAGGACUACCUCAAGAUCUGGAUAGCAAUGUGGUUGUUGGCUCCUACCAAGCAAGCAAGGAUUUGGCACAGACUUCCUAUUUCAUGGCUACCAACAGUCUGCAUCUUACAACAUUUUGUCUUCAGUACAAACCAACUGUAAUAGCAUGUGUAUGCAUUCAUUUGGCUUGCAAGUGGUCCAACUGGGAAAUUCCUGUGUCAACAGACGGCAAGCACUGGUGGGAGUACGUAGAUCCAUCUGUCACACUUGAGUUGCUUGACGAACUAACUCAUGAAUUUCUGCAGAUACUGGAGAAGACUCCACAUAGGUUGAAAAAGAUUCGAAACUGGAGGGCUAUUCAGGCUGCCAGGAAACCUAAAACAGAAGGAUCGGUGGCUGAGAAUUGUCCAACUGGUCCUUCCGUGACCCAGAAUUCUGUUUUAGUAGAUCCAGUUGGUGGUACUUCAAGUGCAAGUUUUUCAAAACCUUCCACAUCUUCAGUUCCCACACAUGCUCAAAGUUCAGCUACUCAUACGUCUGAGAGUGUCCCUGUUGGAGCUACUAGUGUGCCAAGCACAUCAUACAACAUGGCACCUCAGCAUCUAGAGCAGACCAGAGCAGAUGCAGCACUGCCUGGUAACCAACAUAGUAAUUUUCAACAAGGAACUUCAGGUCACCUACAUUCAAAUUCACAUCACCGACCUGAGAGAAAUUUAGAACAUGCUGUUAAACAUGAGCAUGCUCAUAAGUCCAGCAGCAAACACCAUGGACACACAAUUCCACCUCCUUUACCUGCCCCUAAUAAAAUGUCAUUAAACACAUACAGAGAAAAGCAUGCUGCAGAGCUUGCAAUUCAGAAACGCAAACUGGAGACUCUGGAGAUGGAUGUCAGAGAACACUAUGCAAAUGCUGCACAAGCUCUGGUGGAACAGCAGCAGCACAAAAAGCAGCAUACUCAGCAGCAGCUGCAUGUUUCCGGCAACAGUUCUAAAAUGUCACCAAGUAAAAUGAAACAUGCUGUUGCCACUGCAGAAAAAGCAGACAAGCAUUCUGAAAAAGACAAGAAUGUUUCACUUAAACUGCGUCUACCUAUUCCAGGCACUGAAAAACCUUUAAGCAAAGAUGAUUUAAAAAUGAAAAUUAAAGUUUCUUCCUCUGAAAGACACAGCUCAUCAGAUGAGGGCAGUGGUAAGAGCAAACAUUCAAGCCCUCAUCUCAACAAAGAGCAUAAAGAAAAACACAAAGAUCAUUCCUCACACCGCCACCAUAGCAGCCACAAGCAUUCCCAUUCUCACACUGGUGGCACUGGAAGUAGCAAACAAAGUACUGAUGGAUCUGCUGCAGCUGUUAUACGGAGUCCUGUUGGUUUACCUGGAGAGGGAAAUUCCAGCUCAUCCCGCAAGAGGUUGCACUCCAGUGAUGCCUCUCACAACCACCACUCCAAAAUGAGCAAAAGUUCCAAAAAUUCAGGUAGUUCUAGUUCUUCCUCCUCUGUAAAGCAGUAUGUAUCCUCUCACAACUCUGUUCUUAACCUUCCCUUCCCCCCUCCUCCCCCUGUUACAUACCAGGUGGGCUACGGACAACUCAGCACCCUUGUGAAACUGGACAAGAAGCCAGUGGAGCCCAACGGUCCUGAUGCUCGUCAAGAAUACAAUCCAAACAAUCAGAAUAUGAACUACAAAGACACAUUCGACAUUCUGGAUUCACUGUUAAGUGCCCAAGGAAUGAAAAUGUAAUUUUUUUCUUUUUUUAAUUUAGGUCAUAUAGAAAGUUUUUUUAACUUAAAAUUAGAACGAACACCUUCCUAAUACAGCAGUGGAUGCAGUUGCUGCUGCCAUUUCAGUUUAUGUAAGUGCUGCUUUGUCCUUCACACUUAAGAGAUUAGUGCAAACACAAGUCUUGAUCUCCACAUAUAGUAUUAAAACUGUUUAUAGCAUGAAAGGUUUAGAUUUAUUUCUUAGACUUUCUAUAGUUACUGUUUAGUAGUCAUUGGCUGGCUCUAGGAAGGCAUGUGAUGCCUCAUCUGUCAAGUUUAAUUUUCAUAACACAGCCAGAAUUUGGUUUAAUUUCUGAAUGGGUGUCAGUUUGUGUAUUUAUAUUGUAUGUAUGAUUUGCAUGUUUCAGUGAUAAAGGGAUAGAGUAUACUGCCAAUUGUUUACAAGAAAGUGGAGAAAAAAUGUACAUACAUUUUUGUAUGUUUAGAAAUAUCAAUACUCAGGUUUGGAGCUGCUCGGAUGAAUAACAGUAUCGAAAAAAAUCACUUCAUUGCGUCUUGUGUUUGUCCAUAUGCUCUAAAAAUAACUAUUUUGACAAGUUUUUUUUUUUUUUUUUUUUUCAAACCUGCAUUUUAAGCCUUAUUAGGAAUCACCAAAGGGCGCAUUUCAUUUAGAUGUAGUGACGUUCAAGGUCAUAUAUUGAAUAUACAUAGCUUUGAGGGUUAUAACAAAGUUGUUGCCUAACUUGUGCUCAUUUGACCUGAAUUUGCUGAAGUGCCCUAGUUUAAUCAACAGGAACAAAUAAAGUUUACAUAUCUUUUGCUGUGAAGUGCAUUUAAAUGUUUCUUGGCUAAAUGCAGUGACCUAGGCAGAGAGCUGUUACCUGAUUGUUGUAUAGUUAAAUGUGAUUUUAAAGUCAAACAUCAGAGUUUAAUGUAGUGAAAUUAGCAAGUAAAGUUAGUUUGUACUACUAUCCAAGUGAACCACCAUAAAUGAUUUCCUAUACUUAAUGGCUACUCAGCAAGGUAUAAUUUCCAUUUUUUUCUGAAUGGCAUUGUAUUCCAAGUUUCUGUAAGGAAAGGAAGAAUGUACUUGUUACUGCAGAAGCAGUUUCCUCAAGUAUAUAUUCUAAAAUAAAAAUGUGAGCAUCGGUCUUUAUAUCAGAAUUUUCAUUUAUAUUCCAUCAUGUACUUGUUACUGCAGAUGCAGUUUCCUCAAGUAUAUAUUCUAAAAUAAAAAUGUGAGCAUCGGUCUUUA